CACAUUUGUACACCAAAAUGCCACGAAAACACCAGGGAUUUGUCAAAAAGAGGAAAGGUUUCAAUGGAACCAGGUGGGAUGGUGUCAAAAGAGCCAAAAAAGAUGAUGCUACAGUUCCUCUACAAGAGACAGCUUCAGAAAGGAAGCUGAGACUAAACAAUGCACCUGCAGCCCAAAAAAUACAGCCCUGUCCCACCCAUAAGGAAACGCGUCAUGUUUUGGAGGGCUAUUACCUGAUCAGUGGGCCUCUCCUGACAUCUGCCCUAAAAGAAGCUCAUGUAUGCCCAGGAGGACACCUAAUUCCACUAGAGGAUACAUCACAACGACAUGGGUUACGAUCAUUCCUCAUCCUCCAGUGUUCUGUCUGUAAGGCAGAGCACUCAUUCCUGACCUCUGAAAAUAUCUUCAAGGGAAAAAGGCCAGGGACCUGUUCCGAUAUUAACAGGAGGGCAGUACUGGCAGCAUCAGAGGUUGGACUGGGCAGAGUGGGACUUGCUGAUCUCACCAGUAUACUUGGACUCCCCCCGCCACCAGUUCAGAAGAGCUACCAGCGCCAUUUGAAAGCCAUAGCAAAGGCUAUAGAUACGGCUGCCAAAGACCAAAUGAAGGAGGCCACACAGCGCCUGAGGGACAAGGCUAGGGAGAAGGACCCCUCCAUCGGACCUGACGAUAUUGUUGAUGUGGCAGUGUCAUUCGAUGGUACAUGGCAUAAGCGAGGGCACUCGUCGAAUCAUGGGGUGGGGGUGGUGAUGUCAGUAGAUACGGGGGAGGUUUUGGAUCGGGAGGUUUUAUCAAAAGUAUGUAAUAAAUGUAGUGCUCGGAAGGGAUGGGAUAAGGAGGGGGAUAGGUAUAAGAAGUGGAAGGCAGGGCAUGUAUGUCAUGGGAGUCACAAGGGUAGUAGUGGGGGGAUGGAAGCAGUAACAGCUCAAACUAUGUGGCGUAGGGCAGAAACUCAUUAUAGAUUAAGAUAUAAAUUCAUGCUUAGUGAUGGGGAUAGUAGUUCUUUUGAGAGUGAAGAAGGGAUCUAUGGGGAAGGGCAUAAGGUAUAUAAGAUGGAGUGUGUAGGGCAUGUAGGGAAAAGGAUGUACAAAGCAUUGGACAACUUCCGUAAAAAUCAUUCAGGUCAAAAAUUAGAUGAUGGUAAGUGGGUAGGGCAUGGGAAGAACAGGCUAAGGGGAACAUCAGAUACACAAUCAAUAGGAAGAUUAUGCAGGCUUUAUAGGGGUGCAAUACGUAGGAAUGCUAAUAGGGACGCGUUAGAUAAUGUAGAAGAUAAGGCUAAAGCUGUAGAAAAAAUGCGCAGGGCGGUAUUGGCUGUUCUUUAUCAUUCGGUAAUGCUGAGUGAUAAUGACGUGCGUCACCAGUACUGUCCCGACAAUGGCUGGUGUGAGUACAAAAACAAAGGCAAACUGGAUUACAACGAGAAUCACUUAGACCCUGUGUUUCUCAAGUAUCUGUUGCCUAUAUUCACGCGACUUGGUUCUCCAGAUCUCCUUGAGAGAUGCCUCCCAGGUCUCACCCAGAACCAGAAUGAGAGCUUCAAUGCUCUCAUCUGGAAAAGGUGUCCUAAACACCUGUGGAGAGGUUCACGUGUUGUUCGAACUGCAGUCAACCUUGCAGCUCUUUCGUUCAACUGUGGCGCAGAGAAUGGUCGCUACAGAACUUUCAAACAUCUAGAUCUCAGAAUGGGAGCUCAUGCCAUUAAAGCAGCGCGUAGAAGGGAUUUCAUUAGAAUAAGUAAUGCUAAAUAUAAAGCUAGCAAAGUAAUGAAGAGCAUUAGGGAACUACGUAGGAGAGCUAAGAAAACUAGGGAAGAAGCAGAAGAAGAGAGGGAUGGGGGGUCAUAUUCGACGGGUGCCCACUAAUGGUUAUAGAGACAAGAUCAUUUUCAAUGUAACUACAUUAUAUUGUGCGUCAAUUGAACCAUUUUGAAAUUGGUCUUGGCUCUAUAGCAUUAUAGCAUGUAUAUAUUUGAAUAUUUUAUCAUGUUUGUAAAUAUCUACUAACAUUAAUUUUUUAAUUUUCCUUUUGUAUAUAUAUAUACUCGUUAUAGUUUUUAUCCAAUUUUCACGAUGUAAAUAUAGAUUUCUUUUUUAUGAAUUUAGAUUUCUUUUCUUGUUCUGUUUCCUUUAGUUCUGUAGUCUAAUUUCUAGCUAUAGGUUACGAUUGGAUACCAGCACCGCACUGCCACAUCAUAAAACUCCCUGACAGCAACUGUAUUCGGGGAAGCUGGGCUACAUUAACCCUUUGAGAGCUAGCCCACGCACGGCGAUUGUCUCCCAUGUGAGGAAGAGAUAUGGGUUACAUCGCCAGUAAUGGAAAAUUUGGAGGGGCUUUCUACUUUCAUUGCUCAUUGCACCUCAUUGUCAUUUUCGUGAUUUUUAGUAAAUGAAAGAUCAGACUUUUUUCUUUCUAAACAUAUAAGUUUUGUUCAUCAAUACGAAAAAUAAGGUCUGUUAUUUUUGAGGGAAAUUGCAGUCUUAUUUUGCUGAAGCUGCACGUUUUACCUUUUCAAUACACUCACAAUACAAAUUGCAUAAGCACCGCCGCACGCGCAGAUCGUUCGAUACCUCCAUUCAUUCCCCCAUUGUCAAUGAUUGUCGUCUGCUAAAGCUUGGCCGAUUAUCAACAGAGCCAUAAAUAAUAGGCCUAAGGCGGCAAGCCUUCGUUUUACAUGGGUUUUCAACACAUUUUGUAACUAUAUUCUGACCAACAUUAUGCCAUGAUAUAUACUAAAUGCCCUUUCUUUUAAAUGUGCAAAUCAAAUAUAGGACUAUUUGGGAAAUGAAUUUUGAGAUGAACAUUGUUUUAUUCUCAAAAAACAAAAAUUUUAUUUACUUUGAAUGCUUUCGACUUUCGUUUCUCAUAAUUUGAAAUAUUCGUUUUGUUUUAGUUUUUGCCUCCCGCUUAAUUUUGUUUAUUUUUUCUCUAUCUAUACAUCUCUUAGAACCCUAUUUUGAUAUGAGGUUGCUGUAUCAAUAACAUAUUUAUUGAAUUUUGUAUGCAUAUUUGAUUUGUUUUGUUUGUAAUGGAAAGAGCUAAAUGAAUGACAGAGAUUAGAACAAAAUCAUAAUUCAUCACAAUCAUCUCUCUCUCUCUCUCUUUCUAUCUAUUUAUCUAUCUAUCUCUGUCUGUCUGUUGAACAUCUAGACUGGUUUUGGUUAUCCCUCGUGAGAAUUCAAUUUAUUUUUCUUUGUCUCCAUUUGUGUUCUCGUUCAACCUAUCGUGUCAAUAAAACUUUGUUAAUCCUCGUUUCAUGAUCAGUUCUGUAGAUGGCAUAUACAUUUAUACAUGAAAUGAUGAUGAUGACGAUGAUGUGUUUUACAAUAUUGUAAUAAAAUAGUAAUG